GCACGCACUCUCCGAUUCUUUUAGUUACGAAGCUGUGGUCGGCCGUUGAACGUUUCCAUCAAAAUGUAAAUGCAAGUCCCGUGAACAUUCGUUUUUUUUCCCCCGUCGUGGCCUCGGUGAAGUGUUAAAGUAAAUGCUGGCCCGAUUGUUUUCGCGUAACCACCGAUACGAGAGUGAGAUUCGAAGAUACAUCUCCUCGUCGCGAAAAUAAUUGUAAUGCGCGAAAUCUUUCACCCCGAUCGAAGUAUCGAUGCUUGAUGUGUGUAAUGUGAUCAUCGCGAGAAGUAUGAAGAUGUUCCGCCGACAACAUAUUUUCGUGCUCAGUAAACGGGAAUGUAUAAUAUACCGCUCGUUAUUCGCGUGCAACUUGGUACUCUUGGUAGCUUGUUAAGUAGCUAUUUUCACCUCCGCGUUUGCGUUCUGGAGUAGCUUGUCGAGUAGCUAUUUUUGUGACACUUUUUUUAUUUUAUUUGCGUUGUACGCGGGGCGCUUUGGGUUAUGACGACGGGACGAUUUGAAUGCGCGUUAUCAUAGCUGCUUUCUUUUGUGUGACAAUAGUCGCGGCGCGUCGAGAAGCGCGAUAAUUCCGGGGAUAACAUAAUUGAAAUCAAUUAGCUCGAAGCAGUAAUAAAACGCAUCGCGGUAGUGCGCUAUCCCUCGCCGAAAAGUCGAUAAAUUUCCCCUCUCCCUUUCCUCUCCUCUCCGUCUGUCUCUCCUUCUCUUUUCUCUUUGCGCCGCGGCGCGAGAUAUUCUUUGUUCGAUAAAUCAACGUCGAUUUCAUCCCUACGUGAGCAUCAAUUACAAGACUCUUCUCGAGACAUUAAUUUAUUAUCGGGGAGAAACGUAAUCUCACACGGGCGAUUGAUACACUCGUCGUCUGAGGCGAGUAACACAAAAACAAUCGUCGGUUCAUCGCUAAUAAACAAAAAAGGAAAAAAAAGAGAGAAGAAGAAAGAGUGUACGUUCAAGCAGCUUUUGGCAGCAAUACGAAGAUGACGGACGAUAUACUGUUCUCCGCUCUCGGCCUGACGACGGACACCAGCAUCGAGAGACAGCUAUUUUCUCCGACUAGGACAAAUCUAUCUAGCGAUUACGAAGUCUCAUGCACGACUCCAUUUAGUGAUGAUUUCGGAAUAUUUGACAGUCAGUUGAACAUGACAAACCCGACAGAUUGCUACACCGAUUUAAGUUGUUCUCCGCAAUCGUCUUGGAACGACUGGUCGAUCACCAGUACGCCCACAUCGUCAGGUUAUCUUAGCGAACUGGGUGAUUUGGAUUCGGAAUUGGGGGCAUUGUCGGACUGGUGUCUAGAGAAGAGCUGGGACUUUGGCCUACCGGAAAGAACGCCACUAUGUACCGCAGGGUGCGAAGGAUUUCUGCAUCUACCACCCUUACCGAAUCCGCAAAGUCCACAGACGCCACAAUAUGAAGAAAAGUUGCUAGUACUCGACAUCGAUUUACGAUCAUUGGAAACGUUAGGAACAAAUACGAUAGAUUAUAACAACAAUCCGAUAGACAACAGUCUCCUAAUCUCAUCAGCAGCUACUGCCGCUUUAGCAACCCAUGAUUACACCAAUCGUAACUUAGCAAACGCGUCCGAAGAUCGAUGCUUCCCAUGUACCUACCAAGGAUGCCUAAAAGUAUACGCCAAGGCGUCUCACUUGAAGGCUCAUUUACGCAGACACACCGGCGAGAAACCGUUUGCGUGCACUUGGGCCGGUUGCGUAUGGCGUUUCAGUCGAUCGGACGAGCUGGCGAGGCACAAACGAUCGCACUCGGGCAUUAAACCGUACUCGUGCGAGAUAUGCACGAAAAAAUUCGCGCGUAGCGAUCAUCUGGCCAAGCAUCGUAAGGUGCAUCGGAAAAACGCCUAUCCAUUGUUCCAUGGAGCUAGAGGCAUACGCGGCGGCAAGCUAAACGUUUUACCAUCAGAAAUCUAAAACUUCUUCGCCCCCCUCCCUCCCUCGCGUCUUUAAGAAUUUCCUUGUAAUUAAUAAAAAAGGCAAGCCAAAGUUUAUCACUAAGAACAUGAAAACAUGUUUCGACAUAGCUCCUACAUAAGUUGACAAAUAAAGUACUUAAACUGAUUUUAUAUAAAGAUAAUAAUCCAAGUGGCAAGGUGAUGUCUUAAUAACGUCAAAAGACGUCUUAAUAAUGUCUAUAACGUCAAUAAGACAUUAUUGAAACGUCAUUUGAUGUUAUCCUGCUACUUGGUAAGUGACCUAUGCCAAUGCAAUGGUAUAGAUUAAUUCUUAAUCUUUAAUAUAUUUUCGGCGGCUAAUUCUGCUUAAUACACUUACCUAUGUCUCUGUUCAAGAACCACUAGUAUUAACACGAAUAAAAUAAUAUCAUAAAUGUUGCGUUAAAGAAGAUCGAGAAAUUUAUUAUAUAAAUUUUUGAGAUAAUUUUUACCAGAAAUUUUUAUCAAUUGCAAAAAAGCAGAAUUAAUGCAAUAAAUCGUAAAGUUACAUUAAAUUUAAGAAGAUAUAUUCAAUCUAAAGUUAGAUUGAGUAAAACUAAUAAGUGGGACUAGUCCCUAUUGAUGGCAGUUAAUGUUACUUCAACCAAAAAUUGUAUACAACGUUGUAUAAAAUGAUAAAAUUACGAAAAAUGCAUUUUCUAUACAAUUCUA